UCAGCAAAUUGCCUUGGCGCGACAGUCAGAAUAUAUAAUCAAUCACGUCUAGACAGACAGACAGACUGACAGACUGACUAGCCUACAAGGCGACCGGACCGAUCGACCCACCAACAGACAGACCUACAAUGAAUGUCCCACGACUCGACGGCAUACACACGUACCUACAUUCAGUCAUCAGUGCACUGACUGACUGACUGACUGACUACGGCAGAGCCAUCGAUCAUUGAUUGAUUCCUCAGUCUAUGGAAUGCAUCCAUCCCAUCCAUACCAUCACUCCUCCCCCACACGGGACUUGUGCACCACCUCCGCACGUCCGCCGCCAGCGCGGAAGGCCCGGCCCAAAAGGCUGCCGCCACAGCCAAAUGGCAUCCCACGCAUUCAGCACAUCCUUGACCACACCACAGACGAGUGCCACUGUGCGCGGGUAAAGCGCCGCGCCCAUCAUGCCGCGGACUGGGGGCUCCGUUGUGAAGACAAAGAAGCAGAUGCUGCCGAAUACCGUCAAGUAGACUGCAAAGUCGUCGAUGGACUUGUCCCCAGACAGAAUCACAAUCGUAUCCUUUAAUUGAGCAGGCUUCUCUUCACCGAUGUCAGCCGCCUUGCGAUAGCCCCGCCAGGUGGGCCUGGCUGGGCGGCCACCUGAGCCGCCAGCUGCUGCCCGGCAUCUAUUGUUGUGAAGACUCUCUCAUCCAGAUGUCGAGCGAUGACGCGUCCGUCGUACCGGUCAUGGUAAGCUGAGUGGACUAUAAGGUCGGUGAACGAUGAGAGGGCUCUGUUUCCACCUGCAGGCAGACAGGCAGGCAGGCAGACAGGCAGGCAGGACACAGACCAACACGUUGAAGACCAGGAAGACAACAUCGCCUUCAUGUGCUGACUCGCUUCUUACAUGUGGUGGGCGGGUCGAAUGCGGCAGAAGGCAACACACCGGGCGUCUGGUAUGUCAUAGGCUGUGAGCUCGACCCCAGGCAGUCUUGAUUGUCAACACGGCCCACUCGGAGGGUGUAGACCAAUCGACGGCUGAAGAGUGAGUACUGCCGCACCGCUCCCGGCCGCGCGUCAAAGACGGCCCUGCUGCCCACCGCCUUCAAGUCGUCCGCUGUGACGACAAUGGGCAGUGAGGGCAUCAUGCCGCAGUUCCUCACGAAGUGGAUGAGCGGCACGAUGGGCUCCCAGCAGCCUCCCUCCUCGAUGACGUACAGCAGCCGCAUAAGGUACUCGAUUUGGCUCAUCCGCUUGUCGAUCCCGAUUGCCAGCCGCAGGCCACCCCACACGAGGCGAGCAACCCACACGAAGACGUCCCCAAAGCACAUCAUCAUCUCCCUCAUCUUGACUACAUCUCGCCGUGCCCACUCCGCCUUGAACGCAUUAAGAUACGCCCCGAUUAAGAACAGAGGAAACCACUCGGAGAAUGUGGCUGAUCCGCUGAUACGAACGGCAAGAAUCUUUUGUAUCAGCCACUGCAGCGGGAACAGGAGAACAGCAAACAGGAUGGCGGAUGCGGUGGAGAAGCCAAUAAUCAUCGCAGCGAGGCUGCCGAGAUGGCCGAUGGCGGUUGAAAGGCCUCUGCAGGCGGCCUUGAGAGAGGCCUGGGCCGUCUUGUGUCGCUUGCGAUAAGACAGCACGGAGUUCAGGCCGUUUGUGCGGAUGGCGGCGUCGAGGCGGCCCGUGAAGAAGUCCUCAUUGACUAGAUGACAGCCGACGCUCAUGGACGUGGCGCGGAGGGCGCCGCAGCUGUCGGCUUUGAGACACCUCAGCAGGUGGAGGGAAACAUCGUCAGGAAGGCCAAGCAGAUAGCUCCGGUCGCCCAUUGCUCAACAGGAAAUACCGAAUGGGCCCUUUACUCAGUGAUUCGUCCGCGGUGUCGAAUUCAUCCGAAAUUCAUCCGGUUUCUCCUCACCGAAGAGGACGAAGAGUGGCCUGACUUUCCGGCUGUGUGUGAGCCUUCCUGCUCGCUAAUCGAUAAGCGAGAUCUCCAAGUCUGUCAGUCGG